CCGGUUUGUUUACCCCCCCGAGGACCUCCGAAAAUCCCGGUGAAAAAAUAACCCAAUGGGGGGGGGGGAGAAUAUUUAUAGGAGCAUGUACGGCAGGUGGAUCGGUGGAAAUAAAGAGCGUAAUUGUAGCCGUAAAAUUUGCUAGGUUAGGAAAGCGUUCGCCAGUGCCGUGAAUCGGUUUACGACGUGUCCAGAUCGGCUAGAUCCUCGCGCAGAACAUUCUCCCCCUGACCUCCGUAAAGGUUUGUUAGUUGACGAUUUACUCUGCCCAUUUUUCAACAGCAUGCGCAGUGGAUGCCAGGCUGGCUGGGUCCAGAGACCACUCCUAGUGCAUUAUCAGAUGUGACACAAAAUAACAUCAGUUUGUGGGUGGCUUCUUGCCGAAUGAAAUGUAUCAAGCGGUACACGUGUAGGUAACAAAAGCCACGAUGGGGCCUCGCCGAGUGGUCUGUCCAUUCGUGCUGGUUGUCCUCGCACUCGAAUCUGCCAUCUGCGGGACUCCACCAGGGGGGAGUUACCUGGGUGACGUGAACAUCUCGGCUAUCUUGGACUCGUUCAGCGUGAGCUACGACAAAAGAGUAAGGCCGAACUACGGAGGCCCGCCUGUCGAGGUGGGGGUGACCAUGUACGUCCUCAGUAUCAGCUCAGUCUCCGAGGUUAUGAUGGAUUUUACGUUGGAUUUCUACUUUCGACAAUUCUGGACCGACCCAAGAUUGGCCUUUCGAAAACAGCCAGCUGUAGAAACGUUAUCUGUGGGAUCAGAAUUCAUCAAGAACAUUUGGGUGCCGGAUACCUUCUUCGUAAACGAGAAGCAGUCUUAUUUUCACGUGGCCACUACUUCGAAUGAAUUUAUCAGGAUUCAUCACUCAGGGUCUAUCACCAGAAGUAUUCGGUUAACUAUCACUGCAUCUUGUCCGAUGAAUCUUCAAUACUUUCCGAUGGAUCGUCAAUUAUGUCAAAUAGAGAUAGAAAGUUUUGGAUACACAAUGAGAGAUAUCCGUUAUAAAUGGAACGAGGGACCCAACUCGGUAGGUGUUUCUAAUGAAGUGUCGCUGCCGCAAUUCAAAGUUCUAGGGCACAAACAGAGGGCUUCAGAAAUCAGCCUCACAACAGGAAACUACUCACGUCUAGCCUGCGAAAUCCAAUUCGUUCGUUCUAUGGGCUACUACCUCAUCCAGAUCUACAUUCCUUCAAGCCUAAUCGUCAUCAUCUCCUGGGUAAGCUUCUGGCUGAAUCGUAACGCUACCCCUGCCAGAGUUUCCUUGGGAGUAACCACUGUACUUACCAUGACCACCUUGAUGUCGUCUACCAAUGCUGCCCUACCCAAGAUAUCGUACGUCAAGUCGAUUGAUGUCUACUUGGGAACCUGUUUCAUCAUGGUGUUUGCCAGUCUGUUGGAAUACGCAACUGUGGGAUACUUGGCUAAAAGGAUAUCAAUGCGAGUGAGCCGAUUCAAGGCUCUGCAGAAGAUGAUGAAUAAUCAGAAAACCUCAGAACAGAAGAAAUUUGUGAAUGGAGGUCCAGAUGGAGGUCAAGCUCCUAAGCAAGCAGAGGUCCGUUACAAAGUGCACGACCAUAAGGCUCACAGCAAAGGAGGCACCCUGGAGAGCAAGGUGAACUGCAGACGUGAUGAAUGCGGCUACGGAACCCUUAGAAGCGGACACGCCGACAGACACGACAGGGGAAGCGAAUACGGAACCAUACGUGGAGGUCACGGAGGUCAUAUGGGAGGGGGAGGAGGAGGAGGCGGAGGUCAGAUGCCUCCAGUAGGUCAUGUCGGCCCAGGAGGCCACAUGGUACCUGGAGGUGGCCACGUCGGACCCGGAGGUCAUAUAGGUGGCGGAGGAGGUGGUGGUGGUGGCGGUGAACGUCAUGGCGGCGGAGGUCAUCAAGGGGGAGUGCCUGCAAGCGGAGGUCAAAACCCCACCCAAGCCGCUCCCCCGGCAGCUGCAGCGGAAGAGCCCGAACUUCCUCAGCAUAUCCUGAAGGAGAUCGGCAAACUGUACGGAACGACUCCUUCAGAUAUCGAUAAGUAUUCGAGAAUUGUGUUUCCAGUUUGUUUCGUCUGUUUCAAUCUCAUGUACUGGAUCAUCUACUUGCACAUUUCGGACGUAGUGGCAGAUGAUCUAGUACUGUUAGGAUCGGAUUAGAGAAUUAAUUUAAAAUUUCGACCUGAUCGUAUAUUGCACCUACACUUCAAGAGCCAACCUCAAUUCAUUCACCUCAUUGGUGUGGCCUUACAAAGUCUUUUGAGGAACUGGUCCUUUAACUAGAAUGCACGUGUGUGAUCGAGUCAACUGUGGCACAAAUCUCUGUCAUAAAUUCCCUUCCACCUACGAAAUUUUCUAUCGAUAUCUUUUCCAUUUCCAAACCAGUAAAAUAUAGAUUUAGUAUAACUGGUGGUAAAAAUAUUUAGUAGACAUACUUGUACAUAUACCCCCCAAAACAACCGAGGAACGUUUUUGAGUUUGAUUGGUUUUGUAGCAUUGUAAAUUAUAGUCAAUUCACCCCAUAGAUGAAAGGGAUAUGUGGCACAGACUAAUCCUGGUUUCAUUUCAACAAAAUCGGAAUAAUAUGCGUACGAAUAAGCGCCCGUGGGGUCAAUGAUCUACUCGAUACUAAUUUUUGACUAGCAGGAAUGACGAGGCAUUAGAUAUCGUCUUUUUUUGAUCAUUCGAAGAUUUUUGGUGCGAAGGACACUUUUUUGUCGAUAUGUUAGGUGUACUCGUAUAGUGCCAAAAAUAGAAGUUCGUCACGUUUCAACUAGAGAGUAGGUUAUUUAUGAAGGUUGUGAUAACAAAAAAUGACAAAAAACGGCACGAACUGCAGUGAAUGAUAAUAUUGUAUAGGUACGUGACUGAAAUAAUUCACAUAUGAGUAGAGAUUUUUUUAUUGCACCUGGGAUUUUGAUUGUCGAUGAGAUCUCAGGAAAAAGACUCAAUGCUCUUCCCGAUCUACAUCUAUCAGAUAUUAAACUCACUCAUCUUCAAACCACUGAAAACAUCUACCUCUACUGAAAUCAUUCCAUUGCAAUCAACUGAAUAGUAUCAACAGUAUAUUCGGAGCCACCUUGUUGAUCAUUCAGUUGUUUCACUUCAAUCUUAAUAUGCCUUGCAUCAAGUACAUUUCCACACUUAUUAGAAGGAAUAUUAUUCUUGAUGGUGUAAAUGAAUCUAAAAUUUUAUAAAUAUUCGAAGCAAUAUUCAGUCAAUUUUAAGACUGGCAACUAGUGGUUAUGGGCAUCAUACGCGUCUUUUGAGUUCUUCAGUCUUUACAGAUGAGUUGAUCCACUUGUUAGAAUAUCUGAUGUAUGUUCGAAUGAAUCGAAUGAGCUUGGGUUGCUUGAAAAAUAUAAAUGACAACUGAAUGCACUACUAUUCGACAAAAAUGCCAGGUAUAAUAACCAACAGCUAAUACAAUUCUAAAGUUAGAGAUCCAAAUUUAUAUUUAGGUAAUAAUAUAUGGCUGUACAUACAAAAAUUAGGGACACAUGAUGUAAAAAUCAAUUAUUACACCUAACUCAACACGACCUUCUCUUCAUGCUCACAGAUGAAAAUAUAUUCUAGGAGGCUUUAUGAUUGAAGAAAACGUAAAUUUAAGAGAUUUCUCUCCCAGCACAUACCUACAUAGAUAUUGUUUGAUAAAAAGAGAUUACAUAUUAUUUUUGAGAUAUGUAUUCUUUAGACAAAAUGUUCAUUUAGUCUUAGUCCUAUAACCAUAGUACUGUUAGAAAAGAGCGGUUUCUGGCCUAGUUGUUAAAAUUCUAAAAUUAAGUAAAACUUUGAUAUUAUUGUAUAACUCAAAAAUAACUAAGUACCUAUACUUUGAAAAUGACAUGACUAAGCUCCCAUUUUUGAUUAUGUUUAUUUACUGUCUAAUAUUCCUCUGUCCCAUAAUUUCUGCAACAGCGUAGUUCAAUGAUGAAUCAAUUAAUUGAAAUGGAAAGCCUUAACUGUUUGAGAACAAUACAUUUUAUUAGAAAAUUAUAAAUACCUGCAAGGUAACAAGUCAUUACCUUCAAGCUCAACAUUAAUAUCUUAAAGAACUGCGCACACGAUUAUUCAUGAUUUUUUUAUGGGAUAGAUGCAUAUAUAUUGAAUAAUUUUUUCUAUAGAUGAUGUGAUCAAAAAUCCAGUGAGAUUAACUUGCAAAAUCAGUCCCUAUGGUUAGAUCAAAAUAACAUAAAUCAAAAUCCCUCCUUAUGACGUAUAAAGCCUUUUUCAAAAAUUGUGGUGUAGUAUUCUUAGCGUGCCAAAAAGACUCAUUGAUUCAUGCACAUCAGUAAAGUUAUAUUUGAAGUCAAUAUUCACUAGGAAAGUAUUUUGUUAUAGUGACUAAGAUUUUUAUAGGAUUGUUAUUUUGUUCUCUAUAAUUUUUUGUGUUUGAGAUUGAUUUUAUUAUAUUUCAUGUUGAUUCUUAAAAUUAUAAAGUUGGAGAAUGUAGUAUGUAUUUGUUUCAAACUAUUUUUGUUGAAUGUUGAAGAAGAAGUUCUAAAAUUUUUAUAGAGUAUUUUAUAAAUCUUUGAAACUAUUCAAUUCAAAGAACUACUAGGAAAGUGGGCAAGCCGGCAUAUUUGGAUUAUCUGAUUUUGAAACACUUAAUAUUUAUAUGAUUUAAUCUUUUUCUGAUGAAUUAUUUGCCAUUACCAGGCAAAAAAAAUUCCAAUGCAAAGAUUUGUACAUCUAAGGAUUUACAUGAGUAUAAUUAUUUAUUUCAAAUGAAGAAUGACCCAAGAAUUGCUCCUGUCACUUUCUUCAAGAGAUAUAUUGAAGCAAGGAAAUGGAAAAAAUAUAAUGCUAAAUAAAAUUUGCUAUAAGGAGAGAAACAUAAGUUUGGGAUUUUGAAAUUAAACAUUUACAGAAAGGAGUUGUUGAGAAUUAUUAGAGUAUCUGUGAAUAUCUCGCAGUGAAUCGUAAUGGAAUAUUUUUUGUUAUUGAAUUGUUGAGAAUUUCAACAAAAUAUAUUCAAACCGCCUCGUUCACAUUCCAUGUUGAUUUUUGUGACGACUCUUGCUCAUGAAAGGAAAUUCUAAAUAUUUAUUACUCAGUAAUCAGUCUAUAUUAUGAAAGAAGAUAUGUAUGUAAUAUAUGUUAAACAUUUAUUUGAAGUUAUGUAAUGAAUAUUGUUCAGUUGUGGUUUUUAUUUUAAUAAAAAAGAAAGAACUA